AUGUUAGUUAGACCUACUUCUCUAUUCACAAGUUUGAAAAUCCUUCCUCGGGUGAAUAAACCAACUAGUUGGUUAGGUUUUAAGAACUACUCAACCAAAUCAAAUAUUCAUUACGAUGGAACUCAAUCUUCUUAUGCAAGCAACCCUGCUUCUUAUUUGGGGGAUGCUUUAGCUACCGAUGGAUCCAUUGAGACUGUUGAUCUUGUCUAUGACAAGCACUCGCCUCAAGAGGAGCCAUCAGUUACUAAGUCCCCAUUAAUUAUAUUGCAUGGGUUAUUUGGAUCCAAAAUUAAUAAUAGAACAGUAGCUAAAAAGUUGGCCACAAGACUUGAAAGAGAUGUUUAUUGCUUGGAUUUGCGUAACUUCGGGCAAUCGCCUCAUAUAAAUAGGUUGGAUUACCCUUCUUUAUCUGCUGAUGUUGAAAAUUUUAUUGAACAAGCUAAGUUCCCUGAAAGUGCUAAACCUAUUAUAAUAGGUCAUUCUAUGGGAGCUAAAACUGUCAUGGCUUUGGCAUUGCGCCGUCCUGAUUUGCCAAAGAUGGUUGUCUCCGUAGACAAUGCUCCUGUUGAUUUAACCAUGAAUUCAGUUUCAUCCUUCGCUAAAUACGUUAGACAAUUAAGAAUUGCAUUGGAACAAUAUAAAUAUACCAACAUAAAAGAUGUUGAUGCUCAAUUAGCAAAGGUUGAACCUUCGAAAGAAGUUCGUCAAUUUUUAAUAACUAAUCUUCAUAGAGGUAAGACUAAUGAUGUUAUUACAUCAAAAGUCCCAUUAGAAAUUAUAAAUAAAGCCAUAACUGGAGGGUAUAUUUCUGGCUGGCCCUACGAUCUGAAUGUUUCUAGAUGGUCAAAGGGACCUAUGCUAGUUAUAAGAGGAACUCAAUCAUCGUAUGUUCCCGACGAAAUCAUUCCUGAUAUCGGAAAGUAUUUCCCUAAUUUUGAUGUUAGAGACGUUGACUCUGGUCACUGGGUGAUUAGUGAAAAGCCAACCGAAUUUAUGGAAAUAUUAGUUGAUUUUAUUGAAAAGAACGAAGAUGAAGAGUUCUGA